CGCGAUGUUCAUAUCCAUCACAAGAUUUCGGAAGCUGAACUGUAAGUCAAACGUUACUUGGCCGUUUAUACCGAGAAACAACUCAAUUCCACUCGAAAAGUGACCUCUAAAUACAAUUUAAUAUUCAAAAGACAUCUACUAAAUAAUUGCAUAUAAUUCUCUGUCUUACAAGUCCAUUCCCAUUCCUGGCCAUCAUUGGGUCGGCGCUCCGAUGAUUGGCUGCCUCAGGCCCCAACCGGUUGCAUCAUCCAUCUGAAUCUGGCAACUUACUCUUAGGUGAGCUCCAGCAAGUGCUUAGAACAAAAAAUCUCUCCCCCUUUUAAUAAAUGGAACGAACCCCUCUUUGGCCAAGGUAAAGUAGGUAGCUACCGGAUCGCAGCCAAGGUCCCUGGCAGCUCCGGUACCUUGUUGUCUCGUGCCUCUUGUCGACGCGCUAUCCCGCUACCCCCGCCAUAAACUACCAGUCACAUCCCAUGAUGAGCUCGAUUUGAGCCGAAUAGUCACUAUGAUACCUCAAUUACUCUUGCGGUCGUCGAGGACAUGUCCUCAGAGAAGUCUGGCACUUUAUCGACUGUCGUCAGUGUCUCAGCGACCGGGUUUGACGCAGACAUUCUGGACAUGUGCCCCGCGUCGCGAACGAGCACCCACAGAUUCGAAAACCAAAACCACAGCCACGACGAAACCCACGGCCGUGUUUCCUGCGCAGAAACAACCGACGAAACAAAAUGAUCCUCUUGCGACGGUUGAUAAAUCUGCGACUGAGCAGCGUAAGGCCGAUUGGGCUAUCAUGAAAGAGAUGACUAGGUAUCUGUGGCCCAAGGAUGACUGGGGUACAAAGCUGCGAGUCGGUCUUGCUGUGUCCUUGUUGAUUGGCGCAAAGGUUCUCAAUGUGCAAGUGCCAUUCUACUUUAAAAGCAUUGUGGAUUCAAUGAACAUCGAUAUUGCUGCUGUGGGAGGUACUGCGACGACAGUUGCGGGAGCUAUGAUCCUUGCAUACGGCGCGUCUCGUAUAGGCGCAACGGUAUUCCAGGAAUUGCGAAACGCCGUGUUUGCGUCUGUUGCACAGAACGCUAUCCGAAGGGUGGCAUGUAAUGUAUUCGAUCAUCUGCUGCGUCUCGACUUGACGUUCCAUCUGUCUAAACAGACUGGUGGUUUAACAAGGGCUCUAGAUCGUGGUACAAAGGGAAUCAGCUUCAUUCUGUCCAGUAUGGUCUUCCAUAUCAUGCCGACCGCACUGGAGAUCAGCAUGGUUUGCGGAAUUCUCACUUACAACUAUGGCGCAAAGUUCGCUGCUCUCACUGUUUUGACAAUGGUUAGCUACACGGCUUUCACCAUCUGGACGACAGCUUGGCGUACGAAAUUCCGAAGACAGGCGAAUGCCGCUGAUAACAAGGCUUCCACUGUGGCAGUGGACUCGCUCAUCAACUAUGAGGCUGUCAAGUACUUCAACAAUGAGAAGUUUGAGGUUGCGCGGUAUGACAAGGCUCUUCAGCAGUACGAGAAGAACUCCAUCAAGGUUGCGACAUCUCUGGCUUUCCUGAACAGUGGACAGAACAUCAUCUUCUCGUCGGCACUUACAGGUAUGAUGUACCUCGCCGCCAAUGGUGUAGCUGAGGGUACUUUGACCGUUGGUGACUUGGUCAUGGUGAACCAGCUUGUCUUCCAGCUUUCCGUUCCUCUCAACUUCCUCGGAUCCGUCUACCGUGAGCUUCGACAGUCUCUCCUGGAUAUGGAGACCCUCUUCAACCUUCAAAAGGUCAAUGCCAACAUCAAGGAGAAGCCUGAUGCGAAGCCCCUGGUCCUUUCAAAGGGUGGUGAGAUCAAGUUCGAGAAUGUCGACUUUGCUUACCACCCUAACCGACCGAUCCUGCGAAACUUGUCAUUGACCAUCCCUGCUGGAAAGAAGAUCGCAGUUGUUGGCCCCAGCGGUUGCGGAAAGUCCACUCUUCUGCGUCUUUUGUUCCGAUCUUAUGAUGUUCAGGGUGGCCGAAUCUUGAUUGAUGACCAAGAUGUUCGAGAUGUGAAUCUCGAGUCUCUUCGCCGCUCUAUUGGUGUUGUUCCUCAGGAUACCCCCUUGUUCAACGACACCGUCGAGCACAACAUCCGCUAUGGCUCCAUCAACGCGACGCACGAUGAGGUUGUUGCCGUUGCCAAGCGCGCUCACGUCCACAACACCAUCCAGUCAUUCCCCGAAGGAUACGAUACCAAGGUUGGUGAGCGAGGUCUCAUGAUCUCCGGCGGAGAGAAGCAGCGUCUUGCUGUUAGUCGACUGCUCCUCAAGGAUCCACCUCUGCUCUUCUUCGAUGAGGCAACAAGUGCCCUGGAUACCCAUACCGAGCAGGCUCUCAUGAUGAACAUCAACAGUAUCCUUAGAGAAAAGGGUCGAACAAGUGUUUUCGUAGCUCAUCGUCUCCGAACAAUCUUUGAUUCGGAUCUUAUCAUUGUCCUCAAGGAGGGACAAGUAGCGGAGAUGGGCACUCAUCGGGAGUUGAUCGAUCGUGAUGGUGUUUACGCCGAGUUGUGGAGUGCCCAGGAGACGAGAUUCCAGGAGGAUGGAAAUGAGAAGGAUGAAGCCGAGGAGGAGACUGAUGGCCAGAAGAAGAACUAAACAUAUAAUGCCCCUAGAAGGCACAUGCCUUGAUCAGCUGCUGACAAGGUGUAAGAUGAAUACAGCUCAAGCUUACCGCAAAGAACCACUGACUUGAUGUAAAUGAUAUGAUCUACUGAGAGAGUCAUGCUCUGUCGGAUUUGGGCAUGGGAUGAUGAGUAGUUACCGACUCCAUUGAUAGCGGGAAGGGUAGCCUCGAAGUAUAACCGACUUGCCGCCGCUUGGAAUAAAUCCCCUUGGAUGACGUCCAUGUCGAGAGGGUUCCAGUGCUCAGCGCAAGCUCGUCAAUGAGCGGGUCAAGAAGGGCCACAUCCAAGCUCGAGCUUGUCCCAGCCUUCACCCGUCUCGCCUGGCUGUUGGCGACCGCCUUUACACCAAACCAAGACUACCAAACUCCGAGCCGCUCUAUGUACACUCCACGCUGUCUUUGCUGGACCCUCCCCAGGCCACUACGUCGGUGCCGUAGGCCUGGGCGGCUGCGAAGAUGAGGACUAUAUCUUUCUGUUCGUUCGUUGUCAACUUCGAGUGUGAGGUAACCCGCCGCUGGUCCUGUUGGGCUUUGAAGAGGAAUAAGACCACUUGACAACAUCGCAACCUCUCGGAGGACAAUGCUUUGGUCCCAACUCUUCGUGAGACGGUUUUGCAGUAAAACAGGAUUCGUAUCGUGGGGACGGAAUUCUUUGGUCCGUUUUUACUGAGCCUCGUGGGCGUAAAAUCUCUCGCUCGUAAGCUCGUUUUGACUUGCUGGACUUCGACGGUGUCGGGAAGGGAGGGGGUUGAGUCGGACUCGUGGAUGCUGGUUCGGUGUUCGGAUCGAUGGUGGGUUGAAGGUUCUGUUGUGAUGCAAGUUAACUCAGUAACCACCACGGGGUUUUGCAUCAGGAUAUAAGGUAACUCAAGUGUGUUGAAACAAGCGGAGGAUCAUUGCUGCCAAGUUUCGAAGGGGCGCAUGCACUACAAUGGAACAGAAUUGGGCAAAGCUACUCGCCCAGAAGAUACGAGCCAGACAUUGGAGUUUAAGUUUUCUUCUGUCCAAAAAGGGGUUUGUUGAUCAAAGACGGUCGGAGAGUAAGUGGCCGUUGGUUAUGCUCGAGUGUUGGUAACCGAAAACCUGUAGUCUGCGUGCGAUUAUUGCCGCAAAGCCCCAGCAUGAGCUGCUGUACAAUGUACUCUGUGGUGAGCCAAUGUCCCUUCACACUCAAUCUAAAUUGUCGGGGAGGAAUGGCUAAUCUGGUAUAUCUGGUGGAAGCGGGAUGCAGCUUCGUCGUGAAAGUAGUUAUGAUUUCAUGACUAUCUCUUCGUCAGCAUUGCUUGCGUGCGCGACAGUGUGAUGACGGAGCUUGACUUAAAAAGGCAAAUAAAUCAAUACAUGG